AUGAAAAAGGCAAGGAAAAAUAUAGAAGGAUCGGAGAGAGAAAAAUAUGCUGAGUUGAGGGACUAUCUUAACCAAAUACUACUGUCAAAUCUAGGCUCAACAGUGCACUUGGAUACCAUUCUAAUGCCUGACUCGUUGCCCUUGUUCAAGAGAGUUUACAUUUCUUUUGAGGCAUGUAAGAAGGGUUUUGUCUUAGGGUGUAGACCUUUCAUUGGCCUUGAUGGCACAUUCUUAAAGGGCUUCUAUGGAGGACAGCUACUCACUGCAAUAGGUCAAGAUGCGAACAACCAGAUUUUUCCAAUUGCUUAUGCUGUGAUGUUAGAAACUAGAGAUAAUUGGAAAUGGUUCUUGGAUCAUUUAAACAAUGACUUGGGUAACUACAUGGUUCAUGGUUGGAACUUCAUUAGUGACCAACAAAGGUUAUGCCUGGAGUUCAUCAUUGCUUCUGUGCUAUGCAUAUUUGGAAUAAUUUCACAAAGAGAUGGAAGGACAAAUAACUCAAAGGGGUAUCUGAACAAGCUUGAUCUGAAGAACUGGACAAAGGCUAACUUCAGUGAGUGGCCGAAGGUUGACAAUGUUACUAACAACAACUGCGAGACAUUCAAUGGUAAGAUUGUGAAAUACAGAGGUAAACCCAUCAUCACUAUGUUAGAGGAAGUAAGGACAUAUGUAAUGAGAAUCGUGGCUAGAAAUAAAAAAAUCCUAUCUGGAUAUAUUGGAACGGUUGCUCCAAGACAGUUAAGUAGGCUUGAGAGAGAAAAGGAGGAGACCAAUAAAUGGACUCCCACCUGGUCUGGAGACGAUGCUGAAGAUAUAUAUGAGGUUGAGAAGCAUCCAACUAAACUUACAGGCUUACCUUGUAGGCAUGCUUGUGCUGCACUCGCUCUUAGAGGUCGCAAGCCAGAGGAGCAGAUCCACGACUGGCUUGGAAUGCAUGCAUACAACACAGCUUAUCAAAUGAAUAUUAAUCAUUCCGGUCAUAACAAUAGGACUUGUCAACAAAAGAAGGAUGAUACUCUGGAUGAGGAAGUUGCUCUAGUAGCAAAGGCAGCAGCUGCAGCAGCAAAAUCACAAAACCAACCAAAACAGAACACUGGAGAGCCAACAUCAGAAGUCAAUGUUGCCUAG